GGUGCGAAUCCCUUUCACUCCCCUCAUUUCUGCCCUGCAAAUCAGGGGGUGGGUGGAUCUUGUUUCUCUCACUCUCUCCUCGGCGGUGGUGCUUAUGCGCCUGGUGCGUGUGAUCACUGCGAAUGUGCCGUCGUCGCCGAGGCGCAGCAUAGGCAGCGACGGCUGUGCCGCCGACCUGUCAUUCCCGUUCGACAGGAUGAACAAGACAAACACCAUCAACCUGCAGGAGUUCCUCGAGUCCCGGCUCGGAAUGCAGACGCUGCCGCUGCACAUCGUCGUGCCAAUUACCGUGCUCUACGCGCUCAUCUUCAUCACCGGCAUCGCAGGCAACGUCAUCGUCUGCAUGGUCAUCGCCAAGCACCCAAACAUGCACACCGCCACCAACUACUACCUCUUCAGCCUCGCGGUCGCUGACGUCACCAUCCUCGUCUUCGGGUUGCCGAAUGACUUGUACGUCUACUGGCACCAGUACCCUUGGGACCUGGGAGAGGGGCUGUGCAAGUUUCGAGCACUCAUCUCAGAGGCAACCUCCUACGCUUCAGUGCUGACGAUUGUUGCAUUCUCCACCGAACGCUACCUGGCCAUUUGCCAUCCCCUGCACGCGUACACCAUGUCAGGUCUGCGCAGGGCGUCUCGCAUCAUUGCUGCUAUUUGGCUGGUGUCUCUCGCCUGCGCGGUGCCCUUUGCCUCGUUCACCACGGUCAACUUCCUCGACUACCCACCGGGAUCGGGAGAAUUGGUGGAGGAGUCGGCGUUCUGCGGCAUGCUUCACGUCCCUGAUAACUUUCCUCUGUAUGAGACGAGCAGCGUGGCCUUUUUCCUGCUGCCGAUGCUCAUUUUGGUGGCACUCUACACACGCAUGGGAAUGCUCAUCACGCGGCGACAGGCACUCGGCGAAUCGCAUCGCACCAGCAAGUCACGAAAAUCUAUUUUAAGGAUGCUGGCCGCGGUGGUUAUUUCCUUUUUCGUGUGCUGGGCGCCGUUCCACUUGCAGCGUUUGCUCUACGUUUACUUGCGGGAGAUUGAGGGCUACACUGAAUACAACGAGUGGAUCUACCACAUCACCGGCUGCUUUUAUUACUUCUCGUCAACUGUGAACCCGAUCUUGUAUAACCUGAUGUCGGCCAAGUACAGGAUAGCUUUCAAGGCGACACUUUGCGGAGGCAACAGUCCGAUGCGCGCCAACACCUUUUCAGCACAGUCGCGGCCGCACCAGGGUACGCUGCCGAAGCGCGAUUUCCAACGCGCGACGUCAAGCAGCUCAGCCGGCGGCGGCGGCGCCUCGUGGCUCUCCAGGCAGCAGUCGGCUAGUAGUCCCAGGGUCAAGGUGACCCUGCUGGUCGAGGAGGACAGCAGCCUGCUUGAGCCGAUCGUGCUGAUCGUGCAGAACAAUGGUGCCGUUGGCCAGUCGACGCGAAUCAUCGAGGCUGUGUCCGACUCAAGUGAAUCCUGCAAAAUGCUUGCACCAGACAUCCUGGCCGACACCGUAGAGGAAACAACGGUUUAGGGCAUUUUUCGAACGGAUUGCCAGAGGGAACAUUAAACUCUCUGCAUCUGCUUACGUGUCCUUUGAGGAAUCACGCAUUUUAUCCCAGUCACUUGUUGGCAAAUGGGUAAAUCGAUUUGAAAUGUUUUAUGAGAACGGAUAAUCAGGGUAGCUUCAAGAGUCAACAGUUUUCCAAACUGCCAGGUCAUGAAAUAUUUUUUAUAGCAAUAUCUUUUAUCAGCCAGCAUUGAGUUGUUGUGUCUGUGGAAACUUAUAAAAGUUGAUUCAUGGUUUGAGGCGUACAAGCUUUAAAGUAGCUCUGGGAUUUCAAUUUUGAUACUGCCAACCAAUUUCUCAGGGUCGAAUUAGGUUAGGCAUCCAACCUAAAAUUCAACCCUCAGGAAUUGAUUAGCACAUUUUGAAAUAGGCGUCCACUCGAGGUUGUGUUCAUAUUGGAAGUGAAUGAAACCGGCUUCAUCCUCGUUGCUUCUAAAUCAUCGUUUUAAUUUCUCGACUAUAGUUUUUACGUCAUCAAGUACAUCCUAAUCAUGAGUAAUAAUUUAAAAUCAAUACAUUAUAAUGUCACAUCUCAAAUUAAAAAAUUCCGACAUAAAAAAUUCCAAACACCUCUUAACAAGUAUUAACUACCUCAUGAAUAGGUGGGUGAUAUUUGUUAAGAAGUGUUUGGAAUUUUCAUGUCGGAAUUUUGUAAUUUGAGAUGUGACAUUAUAUUGUAUUGAUUUUAAUUGAUUACUCACGAUUAGGACGUACUUGAUGACGUCCAAACUAUAGUCGAGAAAUUAAAACGACGAUUUUGAAGCAACGAGGAUGAAGCCUGGUUUCAUUUAUUUCCAAUAUUGAUUAGCACUCUGUCAAAAAUCAAAUUCUGUUGCUGCUUUAAAACAAAUUUGCAGCAAUGAACGAGCGAUAAAAUUAUGUUGGGCAUAUUUUUACUCCGUUUUGUAUGGUUCCAAACAAACUUCCGAUAGCUCAAAUUAUUGAGUAAAAAUAACAGUGGAUUAAACAAGGCACAACUACGUUUGAUUUGCACUCAGACAACUGCCACUUAAUAAUUUCUUGAAGGAUUUCAUUCCUUUUUUUUAAAUAAAUUAAUAGAACAGGCAAACUUUAUGUGUAUAUCUCUUUGAUGGUGUUCUGAAUACAUAUUGUAUUGUUAAAUGUUCUCAAGCUGAAAUGAACUCGAAAACUGUUUGGCAUCUUUUUAUUACUUCAAUCAUCAGAGGAAUAUACUAAUGGAUUUUCAAUAAAGGAAUCUUGACGUUUUCUCCCAAUUAAACGAUAUUUUAGAACACCACUUAUUAUAGAAAAUGAACAUUUACUGCGCACAUUGUGAUGCUAAUUUCCAACCAUUAUUGCAUCGAUGGGCCCAGAGCAAACGUUAUACCAAAAGCUAAUCGAUGAAAAUCAUGUCAUGACGUUAUAAAACGCUCAUUACAAUGUAGAAUUGCUGCAAUCAGCGCUAUAUAAUGUUCGUUGAAACGAUGAGAUGAAUAAUUUAUUUAUUGAGUCUUCUUGAGAAUGGUGGAGGAAGAAUUUGGUGCGACAACCAUAUCAUCGAAAUACGUAUGUACAAGGAUGUAACUAAAAUGGUUUUUAUCCAAUUAUGUUAUGAAUGAUGCAGUCCAUGCCAGUUUCAUUUUCUUUCAGUCAAGUAGGUGUAUGUUAAAAUAGUUUUCAUGACUUGUAAAAAAUAUUGGUCACAUUUUUGUAUUUUCAGUAAAAUUACAUUUCUCACCGACGGCUGAACUUUGGUAUGGAAAUUAGCUUGGGUAGACAAGCGGUUUCAGGAGCUGACGCCAAGGAGACUGAAUUCGUUAAAACGUGUUAGCUAGAAAUACAUGGUGAAAUGUCAUUUUAAAUGUUAAGACUGAGAUCGCUCAUCCAAAUUGAGUUGACUAUGGUUAAUUAUGUAAGUCUUACUAAGAGUGGCAAAUGCACAAGAAAUGUCAAAAUAUCUUAAUUUAUUGUCAUAGACGACGCAUAAGGCAUUUUAAAAGUAUGUAAGAUAAAUGGACGAAAAUUUCAUUCCAUUUGUUUGUUGUUAUCCAAAAUGGCAAUAAAAACAGAGAAUUUAAAACUCGGGCAUUCAAAA